UGUAACAGUUGAGUACAGAGCGAUCGCACACACGAAGAAGAGCGAGUAUGUCCAAAUAUGAGCACGGAGCUGCGUUAGCUACUAGCUUGUUAGCUAGUUAAAUCGAAAAGUUUGUUUACCACGUGCAAGAAUAUGUCAAAUCUUUUUCGUCCAAAGGUUGACAUGUUUAGGUAAACAUCGAGCUUUUUAGAUUGUGUGCAAACGACUCGAAGUGAAAGAGCUGGUUUUGAUCAGACAGAGUAGAAAGAUUUUGAGACUAUGCCGGUGGACUGCAGCUUGUCAUCACCUCCUCCACCUCCUCCACUGGCUGCUUGUCCGCCUCCUCCUCCACCAACUUCAGCACCACCGAAGAAACUGUACCAGAUCAUAGCAAAUAACAGCAGCCCUGUAGAGGGGCAAUACACCGAGGCGAGGUUACUGCUGAGGCAGAAGGAGAGCAGAUUCAGGAAAGACCUGCAGUGGAUGCUGAUGAACACGUAUGUGCCUUCCCUCAUUCAGGAUGGCCCUCAGUGUGGGCUUGUGGCCUUGUGGAUGGCCGCUCACCUCCAGCAGGACAAGCUGGAUUUGGACAUGAAGACUUUGGUUCAAACAGCAGUGAACAGUGGAUACACUGCUCAGGGGGAAAUGUUUUCAGCCCACAACAUGACGCUGCUGGCAGAAGAGGCUUGUGGUUGUAAGGCUGAACUGCUCACUGGAGGCUUAGAUGGGAAUAACAGAGAAACCAUCAUCAGACACCUGUGGAAAGGACAGCCUGUUCUCAUCCCCUAUGAUGAGGACUUCAACCAUGAACCGUGUCAGCGAAGCGGUCACAGAGCACACUGGGCUGUCAUUUCAGGUGUUCUUGUUGGUUUGGAGCAAGCCAGUUUCAGUCAAGAGCACACUCACCCAGACCCAACGCUGCCGUGGCUCCACCUCGCCACCAGCAGCAGUUCUCCAUGUCCUGCUGGCAACCCAGCUCUCAGAGAGGCCUACGUCUUCGCCAAGCAGGGGAAAAGCCUGCGCUACCAGCUGUGGAGCCUAGACUGUGUUAUUAAGAGCAAUGAGCAGCUAAAGACCAUGGACCCUCAGAGGGUCAACGACGGGAGCCGGUAUGUCGUUCCUGAAGGAGGGGUGGAAGCUGGUCUGGCUGGACAGGCCGUGUUGCUCCACACACACACUCAAGAGCAGCAAGGGUGAUGCUGCAGGAAGAUCAACCUCUUAUCUUAGCCUGUUCUACUCAAAGGUUCAUGUGCAACAGGUCAUUUCAGAGGCCUUUUAACGGUGUUCCCCAAAGUGGAAACCUGUAGAUUAAAGUAUUUUGAAAUACAUCUUUUACAUUUGUUUGGAAAUAUUUCAAAAAAUCCUAGAAUUAAAGAAAAACCAAAACCAUUUACAGUAAGUUUAUUGCAGUUUAUGGCUGACAAAAAAAACAAUUUCUGCCCAGUCCAAAGUUUUUUGCAAAAGGAUAACACCCGACAUUUUAAAAAUACACAGUUGUUCACAUCCACCUCAAUCACUGACACCCUGUGUUCAUUUUCAAAAAGGUUAACUGUAUUGCAAAUUAAAUGUGUCACUUCAGGAUUUUGGAGAAUAUUCUUUAAAAGAGGAAAUAUAAAAUACUUGACAUUUGAAAUCAGUCUCUUGUAGGUUUGUGUGAUACUGUUGGAAGAUCCAGGAAUUGCUACAGUUAACCUGCUGACAAUACUGUCCAGUAUGGGGAAAAAGAAGUCCAGUACCUGCUUUUCUUUGCCAUGUGUUCUUUGACUUCAAAUAAAACAAAACUGCAAGA